ACAGCACAGUGUAAAAUACAAUCUUGCAAAAAGACUGUUAAAUACGUGCAGUGUAGUACAAUACGUAAAGAAUCCUUUAAGAAACACGUAGAAAACAAGCAUCGAGAUUAUUAUACGCAUGAAGAAAAUAACGAGAAUAACGGAGACUGGAAAUUUUUUAGGCUGACAAGAGAAAAAAAGACAGAAUGUAUUUUAUGUGAUACUGACCCAAUUGACUUUUCGCUAGAUUGCUUAUCGGAACACGUAAAAAAGCAUUUAGAACGAGAACAAAAUCUAAGACGUCAUAAAUUGGAAGAUUGGAUUUGGAAAUACUUGAAAGAAAUUGGAAAUUUUUCUGCUCAAUGUAAGCUUUGUACAAAUAAACCAGAAAUUGUAAAAUUAGAUUUAAAAAAUGGGUUAAAACUGCAUACGAAGCAACAUGAAAAUGGGUGCCAAAAAGAGUUACCAGGUAAACAAUCUUGGAAAUACCUAACUGAAAAGCACUACUUUUUGAAUAAAUAUUUUUCAAAGUUUGCGAAUUUUCGAGCAAAAUGUCGAUUUUGCCAAUUCACAGUUGCAUAUGUCAAGCAUCAAUCGCUUACAGAACACGUACAGAAACAUACAAUUACUUCCGGUUUUGAAGAGUCUAAAGACAUGGAGAAUGACGCUUACUGGACAUAUUUUAGAUUUACGAAACGGGAAAAAAAAGAUGAAAUAGAAUGUAUCAUAUGUGAAAAUACUGUGUCAAAUGAAUACCAAAUCAAGAGAAAUCACAUAGAAAAUCAUUAUUCACAAAAGACAACAGAUUUAAUGUUUUAUAAACAUAAAAAUUGGGUUUUUAAAUACGCAAAACUAAAAGAAGAUAUUGCAAAAUGUACCAUUUGUGAAGCAACUAUAAACUAUCAAUUGCAUUUAGAAAAUUUAAAACUACAUAUGUCAACACAUCAGACCGAUCAGAAGAGAAUACAACAAGAAGAAAUAUUUUGGAAAUUGCAAACUAAAAAACACAGUUGGUUGCAAAAAUGUUAUACAGAUGCUGGGGAUUUUCGAGCACAAUGUAAAUUUUGCGAUUGCAAUGAAACAUAUAUCAAGCAUGAACAAUUCAUAGAACACAUCAAGCAAGCCCACAAUAAUGUUCACGACUUUGAACAGUGUAAUCCAAGUAAAAACGCAGAUCAGUGGAAAUAUGUAAGGUACACAACAAAUGACAUUGGAACGGAAGAAACAAAAGUAGAAUGCAUGAUAUGUCAAGAAAUGGUCUCACUACCUCAUUUAAAUCAUUCUGCAGAAAAGCUAGAAUCCUAUUCCCAACAUUGGGCACUUAAAUACGCGAGACAAGAUGAAUGUUUUGCGAAAUGUACGAUAUGUAAAGAUAAAGUAGACUUUGAAUUUGACAUGGACAAUUUAAUACACCACAUGUUACUUCUACAUGACGAGGAAUGGGAAAAUAUAGAUCAAAACGAUUUGGAGCAAGGAACAGCACACGAUCAAGCUGGACCGUCGACAAGCCACGCAAACUGAAAGAAAAAUGAUCAUUUAUCUACAUUUGACAAUGGAAAUGAUGGUAGCGACAUUUUUAAGUAGCAUCUCAUGACCAGCGACAACGACAAUCUUGGCAUAAGUGAUUUGAAAUACAUGGAGACAAUGGCGUACAAUUUUACUU